AUGCUCAGUCUCAACGCAAAUAUUUUUGCUCGAAGAUGGCAACGAAACAAAGCAACAAAUGCAGAAAAUGUAGAAGUUGAUGAAAAUGCGGCUAUGAUUAUGUAUUAUCUUAUAAAAGAUCUUUCACAUAUUAAUUUUCACUGGGGUCGAGUUGUGCGAUAUAUUAAGUUGAGUGAGAAAGAUCUUAAGGAUUAUCAACCCGGUGAAAUUCUUACAUGGCUUCAAUUUAGUAGUUCUGAUAAAGGUGAUGAUAACAAUGCUAAACAUCUUACAUAUUUUAAAGAACGUAAUACCAAAUUCAUCAUUCAUUCACUGACUGGUCGAAGUAUACGAGAUUAUUCUAAUUGUGCUAAAGAUGAAGAUGAAGUUCUUUUUUUACCUCAUUCCACAUUUCUUGUAUGCCAUACUGAAGUUAAAGAUAGAAAAAACAUUAUUUAUAUGAGACAGGUAAAAUGGUCUGUUUAA